AUGAGCAGAAAGAACGAAGCUUUUGCAAAGGAACCAUUCUUAAAAGGAACUUUUAAAAACCAGCGUUAUCCAAGUUGGGAAAACUACAGAAUUGGUAUGCGUCGAAUGUGGAUUGUGCGAGCACAGUCCAGCCAUUGGCGAGUCACAUGUGAUUUCCCAUCUUAUGGAGUGGAUUAUAGAGAUUACGUCAAGGUCACUUUUCAAAAACUGAAUCCGAUGAAGUACCAUGUCAGUGGGGGAUGCCGGCAAGUGGAGUACAUCAACAUCCGGGGUCAUAACUGUUCAAAAUGCACAGCUGGCUGGUGGCAGACUGAAACUCAAUUUCUGACGCACUUAAGUGAUAAGGAUGCCUGCCAGUUUGGCAAGACCUUCGGUUUCCUUGACAACGAGGCCAACUUUGGUGGCUAUUGGGGGAACAAUGUUAGCACUGAGUUUCGAUGUUCAUCCAUGAUGACUUCCACCACCAAUCAUUGGUUUGGAUGUAAGGUAUAG